UAUAAUAAAUAUGUAUAUAAAUUAAGUUUAUUUGUGCCUUAAUGUGGGAAAAUAAGGUCAAGAUGAAGAGUCACUCGAGUCAGGACACAUUGUUCAAGGUCACAGACGUCAUCACAGAGGGCUGGACCAUGUCGCAGGCAUAUGUCACCCUGGCCACCAACGAUGGCUAUGCCAUUGGAGCUCUGGUACUGGGACACUCCCUCCGCUCGAACAACACCACUAAAGACCUCGUCAUCAUGAUCGCUCCUGCCGUCUCUGAAGCAAUAAAGUCCAUGUUGGAGUCCGUAUUCAACAAAGUGAUAAUUGUAGACGUCCUGGACUCCAGAGACUCUGCUCACCUGUCACUCCUGAAGCGGCCAGAACUUGGGGUCACCUUCACCAAACUUCACUGCUGGACACUAACACAAUACUCAAAAUGUGUCUUCCUCGAUGCUGAUAUGCUGUGUGUGCAAAACCCAGACGAUCUCUUCUCUCAUCCUGAACUCACUGCGGUUUGUGACAUUGGAUGGCCCGACUGCUUUAAUUCCGGCAUGUUUGUGCUUGUGCCUUCCGUAGACACAUAUGGCAAGCUCCUCCAACAUGCAGAAACGAGUGGUAGCUUUGAUGGAGGUGACCAAGGCCUUCUAAACUCUUACUUCCCUAAUUGGCAACGGGUCUCCUUCAUAUACAACAUGGUCGCCUCUGCUACAUACACCUACUUACCAGCAUACAAACAGUUUGGAGCAAAUGCCAAGUUGGUUCAUUUCCUUGGGGCUCUGAAGCCAUGGCAGCACCGUUAUGAUGCCGGCUCUGGUUCAGUACACACGGCACCUGGCUACGAACACCUCGCUCCCUACCUCAACUCCUGGUGGGCACUCUACAAUCGUCUUGUCAAACCAGGUGUCCCAGAAAUGGAUCUUCAAAGAGCGCUGGAAGUGAAGUCUCCUGUUGAAGAAGUAAAGGACAGGAGUGGCAAUAAGGAGAGUGAAAACUUAGACAUGGCAGCUCCAACAGAGAGCGAGGUGCAGGAGGUAAACAAGUCUUGUUACUAUGAAUCUUUUCUGACUUGGAUGGGGCAAGGAGGCAAAGCUUUGUCUUGAAAAUCCACGUGAAGACCUCGACUAAAUUUUGAGGUGGAGGACUUGGCCUGCUUUGAGCUGCUGAUUUUUACAAAGAUGUGCAUGUGGUUUUUUGGAAUAUUUCUUCACUUUAAAUUUCUUGAAUAUUCCUGAUUCCACAAAUUGGUCAUUGGGAUUGAUUCACUCACUUGGCUAUCCUUGCAACAUGAAUUGCUUGUUGUCAUGGGGUUUAUAUGUGGAUUAUUAUGAGCUUAAUUUUCUUGCUCUUGUCCUUAUAUCUGGCACUUUUCCCCCAAGUUUUAGAUUGACAGAAAUGUAUACUGUAUUGCAGUACAAGUGGUAAUCGGGAAAAUUUCACAGCCAGACAUCAAUGUAUUGUUGUUCAUGAAAUAAUUCUGGUGUUUUUAAAUUUUGUAACAACUGAGUUUUGCCAUUUUAGAAGUUUUGUUGGUCCCACUCUUAUGUUCUAUAACCUUGGGCAUAGGAUGGAUAGCGACCAGAUUAUUAACAGGUAAAAGUUGUGGAGAUUUAGGAGAAUGGGGAAGCAGUAUAUAUAUUAUUGUUAAUGGUUACCAAUGUAAUAAUACACGGGUCAGAACAUGCAUGUGAAACUGCAGUCAAACUUUAUCGCACCUUUUUUGCAUGUUAAAUCUACACAUUUUGUUUUUUCUCUUGCUGAUGCCGGUCAACAUAAUAUUCUCGUAACAUUGUCAUACAGCAGGUAAUCCAACGUAACUACUUGUUCAGGGUCCCAAGACAGGAUAGAACUCCAUAUAGUAUUGAUGGCAUUUAAAAUUUUGAAGUGUGAAAAGGAUUUGCUUUUUCCCCACAUGAUGGUAAUUGGUUUUAUUUAAUACAUUUAUUACCAGGAAUUUGGUCCUUUAUCAUGCAGCAUUAUAUUUGUUAAAUUCUUGACUUAACUUAUCCAAAAAUUAAGAAAAUAAAUUGUUCAACCAGUGUCUAGGUUAUUGACUAUAGUUAGAAAAACCAUAUUCUAAAUUUUCAUUCUCUGCAUUGUUAAAAAUCACUAGUGAAGUUAUUUACAACAU